AUGAGCCAUCCCGCUAGCACAGGAAGGCCCCAGACUGCUAUAUCCACAUGUAUCGACCACACCACUAUCAUCGCGAUUAACCGCGAUGCCCACAUCUCCUUAGAGCUACAUUUACUACCACCAACCUCACACAACAUGCACCACACUACCGAAUGGCUCCUACUCCACAAUAUCCCCGUGAGCGCGAGUCUUUCCAGAGUGCUUGACCGCAUCCUAGCGGCGGAAAGGCAGGCCAAGUCUGAGAUAGAGAGCUCAGAAGGAGGUUUAACGACAACGGAGGUAGAACGCGGCGCGUGGAUUCGCGUGGCGCGGGUAGGAUAUGUCCUGAGCGAGAUACAUGCUUACUGUAUGAUUUUGCAGUGUGGUAGCGCCGAACAGGCCAGCCUUUUGAAGAUGGUGUUGGAAAAGGACGCUGCCUUGGGGGCGACUACUCCGGUGGAGUGUGUGAUCGGUACCGCAGUGACUCUUCUGAUGGAUAAACCCUAUAAAAGUACAAAAUCCACAAGAGGUGCGCAGGGCCCUGGGGUAGAGCAACGGGUCCUCGACAACGACGAGGGACCGUCACCUGUCCUGCCGCACAGUGGGCAACUCAGCUACGUAAUGUCGUUGAGUGAGGUCAUUUGCGCCAAUCUUUCUGGGCCAGAUUUCAUUCCGAUUCCAACCGACCUGCGGCUUCCCUCCGCCACCCAGGCAUUGUCUAACCUCGGGAGUGCAAACUGCCGAGGCACCCCCUUGACGGGCAGCGCGGUCGCCACGACUACGAGUGGCUCUGCAUGGUGUAGCGCCAGCGAGCUUUGCGCGAUCUGCCAGGAGGAGCUCUCGCCCAAGCAGCCUCGUGUCAUUACCCUCUGCCACCACACCUUCCACACGGCCUGCUACGCGUGUGUGCCGUCUGCUUUCAUGGAGUGCCCUCUUUGUCGCUUUUCUCUCUACGACCUCCUUAACAACGCGCGCUGUGAGGAGUGCCGCACGUACGAGGAUUUGUGGGUCUGUCUCAUCUGUGGGCACGUGGGUUGUGGUCGUGGACGGCACAACCACCAACAGCUCCAUUACGACCACACGGGGCACUCCUGCACAUGGCAAAGUAGUACGAAUCGUGUCUGGAGCCACCGGUCACGGAUGUUCCUGUCCCAAGAAGUCUCCUUCCUCCUUGGUGAGCAUGACGAGAAGAGAGAAGUGUCAGACCUGUCCAAGGAUUGCAGCCGUGAUGGGGGGGAGGACGCGGCUGGGGUGACAGGAGGAGAUGUCAACUUGGCCGAAGGCUGGGUCACGAGCCCUCGAUGGGUGAACGAGAGGGAUCAAGACCUCCAAGCCGCUCUUACAGAAAGUAAAGAAGAAGCUGUACAACAUUUCUACGCUGAUGUUCUACGCACGCUGCUAGAGGAGCAGAGACUUUGGUAUGAGUCCCUAACUUCGAGAAAAAGCGUCGGUUCUACCGAUGUGAGCUCGAACGACGCAAAGCCACCCCUGCGUACACGCGCCCCAGAACACAACUAUUCUAGAGGAGCGUGUGCCACGGCGGAAAGCGCAACGAACGAUUUGUCGUCAAGGGAAGACGAGGGGGGCCAUGCUAGAGGAUUGAAUUCGAACAGUUCUCUAAAAGCGUGUGUCGAGGCCGAACAUGAGGAUCGUGUAAGGAUCGUAAACCUUUACGUUGAAGAGGUGCGACAACUCUUCAUUACCACUUUAAUGGCUUUAAAAAGUUUGAUAAAGCAAAAAAGAGUUGCGCAUGAGGAUCUUUGCGAGCAGAUGAUGCUCCUGAUUCACCGGAACGGCGGUUUAACAAGUCGUAUCCGAAGGCUAGAAGAGCGCGGGCGCCAGGCGGAGAUCCAUGGCGAAAAAUCUCGAAUUGAGAAACAACAACGCGCUAGAGAACUCCAAGAGGAAAUUGCUGCUCUACUGGAUAAGUUGACAGGGAAAUAA